AGUGCUUUUACUGUGUACUACUAAGCAGUCAACUAAACUGUGGCCCUCCACCCACCGGCGGCAAUGAGGCCUAAACUCCGCUUCGGCUUGCCCGCCUUUCUUUGAUAACCAAUUCCUUUUCCAAUCUUCCCCCUCUCCUCCCUUGCACUUCCCAUUCCCCCUCUCUCCCCUCUUUGGGGCUCCACCUGCGAUCUUCUUCUUUCAAAACCAUAUCCAACAUGGAUGACGACUCUGCUGUUCAAUUUGUAUCUUCCCGCGCAAGGAAGCGACCACAUCAUGAGAUUGCAAGAGCAUCUCGAUCACAAUUACCUGGCGGCGAAUCCUCAUCCUCCCGAACGCUUCCUCAGCCCUCGCCACCCCACCGGCGGUAUCCCGGAGAUGGUCUUGACUUUCGUCGGCCUACAACAUCGACACCACCUAGUAUAGACGAGGUUAUCGACUUGACCCUGGACUCAGACCCCCCAGAGCCUGAUGCACCUCGCCAUAUUCCGAUCGCUCGUCAAGAUCAAUUUACACAAACCUCACAAGCUAGAGCGCCGGAGGUGGUGGAUUUGGAGGAAGAAUAUGAGGACUUGGCUCAGGAUGACCCACCGAGUAGCCCGGAGGUACAAUUCAUCGGUGCCACUGCUCGACCUCCACGACCUCCGCCGCCCCCGACUUAUCUCGAUUUGCAAACAGACUGGUCAGGAGUGUUAAGCAUACUCGCCAGGCCGCCCGGGUUGUUUCCCCGUGCAGUUCAAGCACUGCACCCAUGGGAUGCGGAUGUAUCGACUAUCGGAGAUCCGCUGGGCUACAUUGAUCUAACACAUCAUACUGGCGUGCGGCGGGCCCCUCAAAGACCACCGCCGAACGCAUACAAGCCGCCUAGCCCACCCCCGGCUGGGUUCACUCGGACCCUCGAAGAGGAUGACGUAGUGGUAUGUCCUAACUGUGACGGGGAGUUGGGGGUGGGCGACGAGAUCAGGCAGCAGAUAUGGGUAGCGAAGCACUGUGGACAUGUAUACUGUGGCCAUUGUGCUCACCACCGCUCCAAAACCAAGUCGAAGAAGUCCUCUACCUCGAAGCCGUUCUCUACAUGUCAGGUGUCGGGAUGUGGCAAACCUGUCAGCGCACCGAAAGCGAUGCUUCAAAUCUACCUAUGAUUCAUAGGCCAUCUUGAUUUUGGAAUACGGAGUCAUGGGAACAUGGUUGCAUGACGCUGGCGUUAACGGCGGGGCUUUACAUUCGCAUAUGGUUGCGACAUAUUAGGAUACCCCAUUUUCUGGCUUUGUUCAUUCUUAUCUUCCCUUCAUCGUCUUGGUCGGAGAAUCACGGCAUCUCUUUUAAUAUGGGUCUUUGCAUCUUGCUCUGGGUACCUCCUGCAUUGGCCUUG